AUGGCAGUCACAGCGCUUUCGGAGUCUCCCCAAGUCCACAGGUUCCCACAAUCCAAAUACGUAGACGCAGUUCGUUGGCUUCCCCCGGUCUUGCCCUUGAAGCGCUUUGCCGUCGUCGCCUUUUUCGAUACCGAUUCGGAUUCUGAUCCUUACUUCAUUGAAAUCCAAUCCCUAAGCUCAAACCCACUUAAUUUGAAUUCUCAUUCUUCAUGGGUCUCACCCUCAAGAAUCUCUUCCCUGAAAACCUCGCAGUCCCACUACGUUCCGCUUGUUGUCGCUGGGACUUUCGCGGGCUCUCUUCACGUCUUGUCCGCCGGUUCCGUUGACCGGGCAUCGCUCGAACCGGUGCUUUCUGUGCCCGAGAAGGUGAUGCACAACGGACCCGUAUCUUGUUUGGACUUAAUGGAUGGUGGGGUUGAGUGUGUGAUUGUAGGGGAAGAUGGGAGGGUCAAUUUGGUCAGUAUUGGGGAUUCCAGGUUGAACCAUCGGCGUGUUUUCGAUAGCAGUGGGUUGGUUUCUUAUACAGCGGCGAAAUGGGGAUCGUCGACUGAGUUUGCCACUGGAGGAUAUGGGUUUAGUCUGCAGUGGUGGGAUCAGCGGAAACCCGAUGGAGCGGUUUCUCAAUUCAAGGGAAGCUGGGCCCAAAGAAAAACUUCUGGGAUUGUGCAUUCCAUCGAUAUUCAUCCUUCAAGAAAGCACACUUGUCUGGCAGGAGGCUCUUUAGGUACUGUAUUUGCUUGGGAUCUUAGAUGGCCACAGCAGCCCAUAGUUCUUUCUGGGUUAGGAGCAGGUAACACUGAGCAUUCACCUUCUGAAAGUGAGGUUUGGGAGGUUCAGUAUGACCGCUUUGCAAAGUCAUCAAAUGUGGGAAACAUCUCAUCUUCUCGGAUUUUACCUGCUAUGAUCUGCUCAGAAGAUGGCAUCCUUUCUGUUGUUGAACAAGGUGAGGAACCCAUUGAGCUCCUGGCAGAACCUUGUGCAAUUAACAGCUUCGAUAUUGACCGUCAAAACCCAUCGGACGUGAUAUGCAGUUUGGAGUGGGAAUCUGUAGCAAUACUGACAAGGCCCAAAAAUGGAUAGAGUACCUGGAAAGAAUUCUACUUCAUUUGGAACCUAGUUCAUCAGUUUUUCUGAAGCUGUUGCUAAAGGAAUUGGAGCUAUUAUGUCCACUGAAUGAUAAUAUGGGCGAAAUUAGCUUUAAAAUAGGUUGGGUAAAGCCUUGUGCAUGCAAUGGAUUAUGGAAUUGGUAGGUGUAAAAUGGUUUGUAUUGUAGCAAUUACCUUUUCCGAGCUCUUGUGUAUCACAUGGUGUACUUUGAUUACCAAUUUCCCUGACUUUCUUACCCGAGCAAGCUGCAUCUAUUUUUAACGAUGAUGUUUACCUUGGGCGGCUAUUCUUAUGUAUGAGUUCCACAGUGCAUGAGAUGAUGUUGCUAACUUUUUACGUAAAAAAAAGCCUUUUUAUUUUUAUGUUGUAAAAA